CAAAAACAUCAGAUAGGAAGAAAGCUCCCAAAAAUCAAAGGAAAUGGUUCUUCCAUCCGCUUUUCCACUUCUUUUAUUAUGCAUUGUGUUUUUAAUGUGUGGAAAAGGCAAUGCAGGAAGGGAUUUGGAAGGAAAAUAUGCUACAGCUUACUUUCACAAAACUUCUGAUUCUGCAAAUCACUUUGAUGGAGGUGAUGUGAAGAAUUUGGAAGACAAAUAUUCUACCGCUUACUUCCACAAAGCUUUUGAUGCUGAAAAUCUUGAUAGAGAAAAGGAAGUGACGAGUUUGGAAGACAAGUAUGCUACGGCUUACUUUCACAAAACUUCUGAUUCUGAAAAUCACUUCAAUGGAGGUGAUGUGAAGAAUUUGGAAGACAAAUAUUCUACGGCUUACUUCCACAAAGCCUUUGCUGCUGAAAAUCUUGAUAAAGAAAAAGAAGUGAAGGGUUUGGAAGACAAGUAUGCUACCGCUUACUUUCACAAAACUUCUAAUUCUGAAAGCCAUGGCGAAGGGAAAGAAGUGAAGGGUUUGGAAGACAAGUAUACUACGGCUUACUUUCACAAAACUUCUGGUUCUGAAAGCCAUGACGAAGGGAAAGAAGUGAAGGGUUUGGAAGACAAGUAUGCUACGGCUUACUUUCACAAAACUUCUGAUUCUGAAUCAGAAGUGAAGAGCUUGGGAGACAAAUAUGCUACGGCUUAUUUUCAUCAAACUUCUAAUUCUGAAAGCCAUGGUGAAAGGAAAGCAAUGAAGAGUUUGGAAGACAAAUAUUCCACGGCUUACUUUCACAAAGCGUUUGAUUUAGAAACAAAAUCUCUGCAGCAAUCUUCUGAAAUGGAGAAUCACAACAUGGAACAUCACCACAACCACCAUAAUCAUGUUGGAAGUGCAGAGAUAGGCUUGUUUACCAUAGAUGAACUACGUGGCUUUAACGUAGGGAAAAAAUUGCCCAUCUUUUUCCCUAUCAAAAACCACUCUCUUUACCCUCCUUUCUUACCCAAAGAAGUCGCUGACACCAUCCCUUUUUCAUCUUCACAACUCUUCUACAUUCUACAAUUCUUCUCAGUUUCUCCAAACUCUCCAAAAGGCAAAGCCGUUCAAGAUACACUCAUAAAAUGCGAACUUGAAGCAGCUCGAGGGGAGACCAAAAUCUGUGCUACCUCGUUAGAAUCUUUACUUGAUUUUCUAAGCAACGCGUUUGGACCCGAGGUUGAUUUCGAGUUCAUCAGCACAAGGCACCCAACAAUCACAACCCCAAUAUUUCAAAAUUACACAGUUUUGGAAUCUCCUCGAGAGAUUGAAUCUCCAAAGAAGGUGGCAUGUCAUCCAAUGCCAUAUCUUUAUGCAGUUCAUUUUUGCCACUUUGAUGCCACUGAGACCAAAGCUUUCAGACUCCAACUAGUUGGUGACAUUAGUGGAGAUAAAGUCGAUGCUCUUGUUGUUUGCCAUAUGGAUACUUCUGGUUGGAGCACCGAUCAUGCUGCUUUUCGCAUGCUUGGUAUUAAGCAAGGAAACGCUGUUUGCCAUGUCUUUUCUCAGGGUAAUCUUGUUUGGAUUCAGCCACCGGUCGUCACUGUGAGUGCCAUGUAAAUGUUUGGCUGUUCGAAGGAGCUCUCAUUUGCUUCAAGUAGUUUCGUUCAUGGUAUGCUAGUUCCGUCUUUCUAUCUGCACUAACUAUCAAGUAAUUAAGCAAUAAAAUUAUGUAUCUUGGUUCUCAAGCAAACAAAAAGGCAGAGGCUCUAUUCUUCCA